ACGCACCAAUUCCAGAUGUUGUCCCACGCCCAGAACCCGUUGACAUCAAGGAAGAGCCGGGUGAGAAUGGGGAGGGUGACAACAGCAGCAGCGCCAACUCAAACACUCCCACUGUCUCCCCUUGUAUGCUGCCAUCUACGUCGACUAAGCCACCAGGCACCAUGCCAGCAAGGACAGCUAGUAUCGUUGGACAGGUCAAACGAAAACUCGCCCAAGAUCUCUCCUCGUCAUUUCUUUCGUCAUCGUCAGACGACGACACCGACGAUGUCGGGCCUCCAUUGCUUCAAAAGGAAAUACCGAUAAAGAGAUUAUGUGGCGGUUUUAAAGCUAAGUCUAUCCCAAAAGUUAAACGAAAAGACUCAUCUUUGAUUAAGAAAUCUAAGUCAUCUUUGUCGAAUGGUAAAGCAAAGACGGCUCCUGUUACCCCUGUUGCACCGAGAAAUCCGGUAUCACUUAAGAGGAAAAAGAAAGAAGGUAAAAAGAAGGUGAAGAAGAAGAAAAGGAUGCUGCAACCAAAGGUAUCGCUGAAGAAUCCGUCACCUGUUGUAAAAAUCCGUAUCAUGCGGAAGACGAAGAAAGACGGAACAGUCAUUCGAACCAAGCAUUAUGAACAUAAAGAUGGCUCGAUCACUAUCCGCAGAUUAAAACCAAAAGUUAAAAAACUGAAAGGGAAAGGGAAAGCAAAAGGUAAUCUUAAAAUCAACAAGACAAAUGCCGUUGUCCGUAAAGAAAGUCUGCCGAAAUUGAAGAAGAAGAAAAAGAAAUUGAAGGUAAAACAGCAACAGCCAGUGACUGCGCUGCCAAAGAAAGUGAAAUCAGAAAAGAAGAUUGUGAAAGUGAAAACAAAAACGAAAUUGAAGGUAAAGAAACAAAAGGUAUCGCCCCCAUCAAAACCACUCCCGCCACCACCACAUUCCCUUUCGCGCCAUUCAUCAACGACAUCUUCAUCGUCGUCAUCAUCAUCAUCAUCCUCCUCAUCGUCAUCUGCGUCCCCGUCACCGUCGCCAUCACCAAUGCCACCGUCUUCACCCAAACACACCUCCCACCAUCACUCGUCAUCGCUAGUGUCGAGACCCGUCAAGUCGGAGGUGACCGCCGAGCUCGUACCACCUCCCAAGCAUGUUGCCGAGGUGAAAGAAACGGAGUUCGGUAAACUCGGCCCUAUAAAGAUUGUCAUCCGGAGCAAUUCACGAUCAUCAGAAAUUGACGAGAAAAGCCCAAGGAAGGACAAGAGUCCCAUGGGUCACAAGAAAGAGGGAAGUUUGUUUAGCCCAACUGCGCCCUUGGAAUGUAGUCUUAUUAGUCCGACACCUGAUCCGCCUUUGCCGACAAUCACGGAGAGCAGUAAUAGUGUCAAAAAAACUAAUGUGGUUUCAACUGGUGGCAAGUCCGGAAAUACACCAAGCACCAAGUCCAGCAGCACUGUCACCAACGGUGUUAAAUCGAGCACGGUCAGCAGUCCCAAGUCAAAUGGUACCAUCAAUAGCUCCAGCAAGUCAGCUAGUCACUCGAAAAGCGGUGUAAAGUUGGGAUCCGAUGUAAACGCAACUAUCAAGAGCAGUAACUCCACUGGGAACACGGGGAGCUUGAAGAGCAAUAGCGCUGCCGGGAACACGAGUUUGAAGAGCAGUAGUGCUGCCGGGAACACGAGCUUUAAGAGCAGUAGCGCUGCCGGGAACACAAGCUUGAAGAGCAGUAGCGCUGCCGGAAACACGAGCUUUAAGAGCAGUAGCGCUGCUGGGAACACGAGCUUGAAGAGCAGUAGCGUUGCCGGAAAUACGAGCUUGAAGAACGCUAGCUCUACUGGGAACACCAGUAUGAAAUCAAGUACCUCGAUCGGUAGCAUAAGCUCGAAAAUAAAUAGUUCGUCGGUGAAUAACGGAGUAAAGCCUAGCGGCUCGACAGGGAAUGGCGGGGCGAAGCAGAACGGUGUGACGACGACGACAACGAGUGGCGGAGUGAAGCAGACCGCUACGACAGCGAUUGGCGAAACGAAGCCGAGCGGCACGACAGAGAGUGAUGGUUUGAAGCAGAGCGGAAUGGCAGGGAUUGGCGAGACGAAGUCGAACGGCACGGCAGUGAUUGGCGGGGCAAAGUCGAAUGACUCGACGACAAGUAGCGGGGUGAAGCCGAUCAGCACGGCAGAGAAUGUUGGGAUGAAACAGAGCGACAUGACAGGGAGUAGUGGGUUGAGUAUCACGGCGGUUAAUGCCGGGGUGAUGCCGAGCGGCACGGCAGGAAAUAGCACUGUGAGGCCAACCGGCACUGACGCAGCAAGACCGAAAAGUGCGAUGAGCCCGAUUAGCUCGGCAGAUAACAUGGAGAAACAGCAAAUUUCUGCCGCCACGGGCCCGGUCAAGACGUCCACUACAGCCUCUGCAAGCAGCGUCAAGCAGGACAAUACUCCGAACGGUAGUGUCAAGUCGACUGUUGUAGGAAAUUUUAAAUCAAGUAGUAUGUCUAUCAACAACAAUACAAAAUCAAGUCUCAUAUCCAAGACAAAUUCCAAACCAAGUGGCAAAAUCAUCAGCAGUGCUAAGGUGUCUACCAAGGACAAGAUAGCGAGCAGUAAAAAGGCACCUCUGAAAAGUCCACCGGCUUCCAAGAACAUAGUAGAGAGCAGUCCAUAUGACUACGAAGAUGAAGAUGAUUGUCCACUGGUUAUAGAUGAAAAACCGUCGAAUAAAUCCGAGAAGGUGAAAUCCUCAUUCAAGAAAGACAUCGUCGCAUCAAUUAAACAAAAUUUAUUAAAUCCAGAAAAGAAAGUGAGUGAGAAAGUAUCAACUGUUCCCAAAGCUGUUGACAAGAAACAUGACACCUGCAAACCUGCUGGUACUAAGGACUGUAUAAAGAACAGCAACUGGAGUUUGAAUCGCUCUGAUCUUAUGCCAAAGAAAAUCAAUGCAUCAACCCCAACUGCAUCACCGAAAUCUUCUUUUCCAAAGACCAACGAUGGUUCGAGUAGACAAGACGCACCAACGAAAGCGACGAACCAGGAUUUAAAAACCAAAAACAGUAAUUUAAGUCAAAUGUUGAACGCACCCUUGCGAGAAAAAGUCGUUCCAAAGACGACUCCAGCUCAUAAGUCACCUUUCACGACUCCUGCAAAUUCUUGGAACAAUCAAAUAAUUGGAAGCCUAAAUGGGAAACCAAAUCCCUAUGAAACUGUUGUAAAUCGCGUAGAAUCCGUUACGAAUCGUCCCCAAACCGUUCAGAAUCGCGAGAUAAUGAGAGCCCCUCCCCAAGCUUUCAUAAAACAGAAGAAUGGACAUUCAAUCGCAAUGGAUUCACCUAACAUGCCAUCAAGAGGGAAGCCAGUUACUGGGGUGGAAAAGUCUAAACCCCCUGGACAAUCUCUCAAACGAAACCUCAGCCCUGUCGAACUGAAUAACAACAUCACAAAGACUCUUGAUAAUCGCGGAAAUGUUAUAAAGGACCCGGCGAAAUUCCAUGAGAAAACGAAGUGUGCUAAAACAAUAUGCAAAAGUGUAGCCCAAAACGUGGAGAAGAGAGAUGGUUUAUCGACGUCACUGCCGCCUCAUCCUCCUCCCAUUCGAGUUCCCGUCGUCCCGAAAUCCAUCCUUACUGUCCGAACCGAACAGAGAGCAUCUUCGUUCACCGCGAUGUCGGUAGAUUGCCCCCUGGAUCUGAGCAUGAAAUCCCCUUCUGCUGCGAAGAUCAAGCGAGAGCUAUGGCGUCCGCAGCCAGAGAAAGUGGAGAAUAUUCUCGUUACCGACGUGAAAAUGGGAGAGUUCACCUUCACCAUUCGAGAAAGUAACACCGCUGAGGGUUUCUUCUCGCAAUCAUGAUGGAUUGAUGAUCAUUGAUCAUAUCCACUUCCGGUAGAAAAUUCAUCAUUUCAUUAGUUUUGAUUCCGGAUUUUUUGUUUCGUUUAUUUAAUAGAAUGUAACUGAAAUAUUAGUUUUCAUUGAUUAAUUAUUUUGUGAUUAUUCCCUUCCAGUUUGCUUCUCUCAUUCUUUAUUUUGGGGUUUAGUUUUUUUUUUUCCUUCUUCUUCUUGCACAAUCAUCAUCAUCAUUAUCUUCAUCUUAUUUCAUUUUUUCCUCUUUGAUUCCAUUUCUUCUCCUUUAUUCAUCAUCAUCUUCUUCCCCGUCUAACUAUCUGAUCAUGACUAUAUGUAUACUACUUCUGAUUAUUGCUCAUCUGAUAAUAUACUACAUUUCGUGGAAGGUGAUUUGAUUGACCUCAAUUUCAAAGUCUUGAUUAUCAUUCUUUUUUCGUUUAUUUUGUUUUCAUUUAGUGGAUUUCGAUAAUUUUAUGAUCAACACCACAUAUAAUAAUUUAUCUGAGAAAAGAUGACAUUUAUUUUGAUGUAGGAAUUCACUAAGAUUUGUCAAUUUAUUUCAUGUGUGUCAUUAUAAACGCUUGUUUGUUGUUAUGUGAUAUAUGAUCAUGAAUUUACUCAGAUUGUGAUCAUUGAUUUACCCAAAGAGAGCAUUGGGUGACCUCCAGGAUUAUACUGUUAAAUUGCUCUACACUUGAAAAACAAAUAUUACGAAUGUAUAUUAUGAAUGCACUUGAAAUAUAUACAGCACUGCCGUUUUAGUAUAAUAUUAUACGGGAUGAGUUAAGAUUUUGUUGAAAGCGAAUUGAAAACAGUUAUUUAUUGACAGAGUGACUAAACGAUUGAAUUUCGAUAUGUAGUCUGAAAAUUUGUUAUGUCGCUCAGCGUUGUCAUCGAUUAUUAAUAGAAAAUGAUUCUCAGCUGUUGUACACAAUGAUGACCCGUAAUGGCAUAUUAUCGAUUUGUGAAAUAUUUGGGGUGUUUUGUUUGUUAUAUAGAGUGUUAAAUGAUUAACAUUUUGUCAUUAUUAUUUAUUGUUGAAAAUCGUUGUAGAUUCAUGUCGAUGGAGAAAAUUGUAUUGUUUACUCUUGAUAUUGGACCAAAUCUGCUUGAUACCGCGCAUGUUAGAGCUUUCCUCUGUUAUGCGAAUAUAUUACUGUUAUGAUUAACAUGUUUUAAAAUGACCACCACAAUUCGGUCAUCGGCUCUCAAUCAGGAACUCGUACAUAAAUCGAAUAUAUCAAUUAGAUUCCCUAGACAAAACUUGAGCACAAUCAAAUUUGUUUUUACAGUAAACGAUUCCAUUGGUGCUGAAAUAUUUGUCAUGGUAUAAAAUCCUUUCAUCGUAAUAACUCCAUCUACUGAAAGCGAAAGCUGCAUCAUGACGUGUUAACGAGAUUAAUUUCAUGCACGUGAAUUCAGACGUUAUUCAAAAUUUUGAGUGUCUGAUGAAUAAGUUUUUGGGGCAAUAUCUUUUUUUUUCUUCAAGAAAACAGUAUUCCCAGUUGUUAAUGUGACAUUUAGCUUGAGAUAUGGUGCUAGUUAGUACCAGUGUGCGUUAAAACCUUUUACAACCUUGAUAUUUUUCUUUAAAAAAUCAGUCAUGCACCGCUUUUUGCUGAUAAUCUUGCCGCCAUUAACUAAUUUUAUAUUAAACCAUGCAUGGUAGCGAUUACACGUAGUUAUCAUUUUCAAUGUGACCAACGCACCGAGGAAUAUUGUAUCAACAUGCGUUUGUUUUCAGUUACCUUGACAAUUAGUGAUGAGAAUGCAGGUUUGAUAGAUUAGAUUGUGCGAAGGAAACACAGGGCGGCUUUAAAAGACAGAAUUUGAAAUUCAAGCGAAGGAAGGUAAAUUCAUCGGGAAAAGUUAGCAUAUUUGAUAGAAAAUAAUAAAGAGGUAUUAGAAAGAGAAAAUUAGAAGAUAUAUAGUUAUAUAUACAUGUUUUAAGAAGAACUUUGUUAUAUGUUUGUGAUUAGUAUUAUAAAAAAAAAAUGAAAUAUUUGUAUAUACACUAUGACAUUAGUUUCACACUUUAUGUAGUCCACUGACAAAUGGAAAUAUAUCAGUAUUAUGUGUUAAUAUUUACUUGAUUUUAUUUGUAAGAUUAUAUGCCAUAUAUUUUGUGCAGAAAUGUAUCUUCUUAAAGGUACGUGCGAGGUUUUUUUUUUUAAAGUAUAUAUUCAGUGUCAUUACAUGUGUUGGAAAUACCAGCUCGAUUAAUUUAAGAAAAUGCUACAUCUUCUCUGAGUGAUGACGUCACGAAAGUAUGGUCUCGUUAGAUAAUAUAAAAAUGUAAUUCGUUUUCCUGGAUUAAAUGAUUAAAUACUCAGCUGUCAAAGUAAACAAGGUCACAAAAAUCAUAUCUAAAAUAUAGAAUUAAUUAUAAUGAACUAAAUUUCUUGAGAAGUGUUUGACAUGCUUGAAAACGUUUUUUAUCCUUUUAUAUAAUUCGGAUCCCGAAAAUUGCUUUUGCCUUCUCUUAAAAUAAAGCUUUAUGAGUCGUAGAUUUUUUUUUCAACGUUGGUAUAUAUUUAUUUGUAUUUUGCAACAAUAGUUCAAACACCGGUAGUUUUCUUGGCUUCCUUUACUUCAGUCGAGAUUGUUGUUAACCCAUACAGUGUUUUUUUUUUCUUGAAAAUAUAUAUUUCUUUAAUUUUCGACCUGCGAUCAAGAUAAAGUCUAACUAUACCCUUUUCAUUUUAGAUGUGCUAAAAUGAUUCUGAAACCCUUUUUUUAUUAAUGCCGGUGUUAGCAAAAUACAUGUAGCGGUAGUUGAAAUGACUAAUCAGAAAGAUCAUCGGCCUGACGUAGAUUUUAGCAAGAUGAUAGCUUUCUUUUAUAGUCUAUUAUUUCGUAUUUCUGCCAUCACUAUUUCAUACCACUACAGUAUUCAUUCACCAGGGAGAUAUUUCACCGAAUUGAUCGUAAAGAUAAUUGUGCAAGAUAGCAAAAGGGAAUAUGGCAAGCCCAAAAUCCAGUCAGUUAACUCUUUAAACAAAAGGGUUGAGUUAGAUUUGCCCAAUAAUGUGUAAAAUGUGCGGAAGGGAAUAUGCAUGAUGGGUAAAGGGAGAUCAAAUAUGGUGUAUAAUUUAUUCAUUGCUGUGUUGAAAUGUUCCCAUAAAACGUGUAUUUUGUUAUUUUACUGAAUGUUGGACAAAUUUUAAUCGUGUAACAGACUCAUAUGUUUUCAUCUUUUCGCAAAAUUUGGUAAUUUUUUUCCACCUCAGAGGGUGAAUCUUUGCGUCGUUGUUUAUAUCCAAUAUAAUUUUGAUCAUACAUAUUUGGAGACGGCAAAGAUAUUAGCUACUAAUUAAAGGGGAAUUUCACCCACACGAUAAGUUGCUUUUAAUAGAAGCAGAAAAAUUAGAGAAAAAGUGUUGAAGGUUUCAUGAAAAUUUGUCAAAGAAUAACGGAUUUAUGAAGUUUUGAUUUUCUGACGUCACAGUGAGCAGAUCCUUCAUAACCAUGUCUUGUUAUAUAAAUUUAAGAAAAUUCAUUAAAAAAAGAUAAGUGAUUCUAUUUGUGCGGGAAAUAUAUCGUUAACACAUCAUUUGAUCUCCCUUUUAUAAGAAAAACUUUUUUUUAUUCGUAAUUUUCCACUAAAGAAUUUAUGGAAUUAUUUUUUAUUUGGGGGGAUGCUGCUCGCAUAUGACGUAACAAAUUAAAACUUCAAAAAAUAUAAUUCCAUUAUUCCUUAAUGGAUUUUCAUCAAACCUUCAAUAUGUUUUCUCUAUUAAAAACAGGUUAAAAACUUAUAUACGGAAUGUACAUUUCGGCACUUGCACUUUUUUUUUCAAUUUGAUCUAUCGCACAACUGUUUACAGUUUGUAUACUUUUGUUAUUUUUGGCGUGAUGUUUAUAUUUUGAAUUAUGGAAAUAGUGUAAGAUUAUAGGACAUUUAUUGAAAAGUUCUUCCCUGCAAUGUUAAGAAAUUUUCUACUUUAGGCAUAUGAUAUAUAUUUCUAUUCAUUUUCCCUCUCCACACGCAUAAAUUUUGCUGCAGAACAGUAUUUUUGUCUGAAGCAGUCAUUGUUGACCAUUCAGAUUAUUGGAUUGUUUUCAUUGUGUUCAUUCUGUAAAGUAUUUGUUCCUACAUGUAUUUGUUUUAUUUUCCCUAUACACAUAUUGAUUAGAAUUUCUGUUUAAUCACCCAAUCAACCUUGGGACUUUUUCGCACCUUUUCGCGAUAUAGGUGUAGCGGUCUGCCCCCGUCCCUCUCUGUUGUUGUUUUUGUCUAUUGUUAAUAUUUUGUUCAUUUUUACUCGACUAGCUUCUAAAUUAAGAUGUGAUAUUCAAAUAAUAAUUUUAAUUAUUAGUAUAAUUUCAAUUUUCAGUUCUUUACUUUUCUUCUGAAAUAUUCAUGUAUUAUCUCAUUUGAUUUCUUUACUUAUUUUGAAUAAUUUCCAGUUGAUUUCUGCAAUCUUUUUCAUUGAAACCUUUAUGUUUAGUUGAUGUUCUUGUCAUAGAGAGACAAAAUAAUUAGAAUUAAUCAUAUUGAUUUGUAAUUUUUCCCUAUACAAUCACCUUUCUCUGUCUUGUUUCCUGACCACCUUCGCCCCGCCCCUUCCCAAUCCCCUAUUGAGCUCCUUUAUACAAGUACUGUGUUUCUUCUUCGCCCAUGUUUUUUCUUUGCCAUAUCCUUUACCCCAAAAGCCUUCAAAAUAUUAAUGUAUAGUUUUCUUGGGAAGUAUGUCGUUCAAAACGUUAUGCUUAACGGUGCUGUUAUUUACUGAAUGAAUCGGUCAUGUAAAUGCUGCUUCACUUAAUUGACACUCAAAGUUUGAUACACGUUAUGGUCGUUUUCAUAUUUCUUUUGUUAUAUGUUUUUUUCAAGAUGCUCUCAUAUUAGUUAGGUUUGGGGAAAGUGUUAUUGUAACUUUGUGGAUGAAGGAGAGACAUCAAUACUAAGAAAUAGAUUAUUAUCGGAGUUUUAUUCUCUAUAUAGAGUGAUGUUAUUAUAUUGUAAUAGUUGGAUGGAAAGUUAUUUAUGAAGUUUGUAAUGGUUUUCUGAAUAUAGAAUAUUCAUGUCUUUGUAUUGUUGUUGAUGAAUAGUAUUUCUUGUGAGUUGAAUAAAAUGCACAGCAUUUAAAAACCAA